GCACAUUAAACAGGUCAAGAUUAGCCCUGCAUAGUGUGCUUUGUUUAUAGGUCUAUCCGUACCUAGGUAUAGGCAUUUCUGCUUCCCAUUGGAGACGCUCACUCAGCCCCCAUGGCCUUUCAGAAUCUUCUGAAUCUAGCUGGAAGCAUGGGGAGAUUCCAGAUCCUUCAAAUAGCUUUCAUUAUAAUCUGCAAUGCCUUUGUGCUACCUCACUCAGUAUUGGAGAACUUCACUGCAGCCACCCCUGGUCAUCGCUGCUGGGUCCACAUCCUUGACAAUGACACUGUCUCUGACAAUGACAGUAGGAUCCUGAGCCAAGAUGACCUCCUGAGGAUCUCCAUUCCACUGGACUCCAACCUGAGGCCAGAGACGUGCCGUCGCUUCGUUCAACCACAGUGGCAUCUCCUAUAUUUUAAUGACAGUUCCUCCAAUGUGACAGAACCAGAUACAGAGCCUUGUAUGGAUGGCUGGGUGUAUGACCAAAGCACUUUUCUCUCCACCACUGUGACUGAGUGGGACCUGGUGUGUGGAUCUCAGACAUUGACUUCAGUGGCUAAAUUUAUAUUCUUUCUUGGCACCUUGACAGGAAAUUUUGUGGGUGGCUACUUAUCAGACAGGUUUGGGAGGAGAUUAAUCUUCAAAUUUGCUUUACUGCAAAUGGCCAUCGUGGGGACCUGUGCAGCUUUGGCUCCCACCUUCUUCAUCUACUGCUUGCUGCGCUUCCUGGCAGGUGUUUGUGUCUUACUCUUAGGCACAAAUAGUGUUUUGCUCAUGGUAGAAUGGACAAGCCCUCAAUUCCAAGCCUUGAUGACAACAUUGUUCUCAUGUGUUACUAAUUUUGGAGUCAUGGUAAUGGCGGGCCUGGCAUUUGCAUUUCGAAACUGGUACCACCUACAGUUGGUAAUGUCUGUGCCAAUAUUUUUCUUCUUUAUACCCACAAGGUGGCUGUCAGAGUCAGCUCGGUGGCUGAUUGUGACCAACAAACCCCAGAAGGGCUUAGAGGAACUUAGAAAGGCUGCACACAUAAAUGGAAUGAAGGAUUCUGGAGACAUCCUAACCAUGGAGGUUCUGAGAACCACCAUGAAGGAAGAGCUGGAGGCUGCACAAACAAAACCUUCUCUGUGUGACUUGUUCCGCACACCGAAUUUGCGAAAGCGUGUGUUUCUCCUGUCCUUUAUGAGAUUUGUAGCAAUGAUACCUACUUGGGGCUUCGUCAUCCACCGCCAUCUCCUGAAAAGUAUUGUCUUCCUAGAAAUUUGUCUCACUGGUGCAGUGUCAAUCCCAGCCAAUUUUGUUGGAAUGGUUUUACUGAAUCACAUUGGCCGUAGAACAAGUCAACUAUUUCUCCUUUUCCUGUUUGGAAUCUCUAUUCUGGUGAUAGUGCAUUUGCCUCAAGAAAUGUACAUCCUGCGUGCAGUUUUGAUAAUAUUGGAAGGAGCAAAUGUGGCUAUGAUUACUAACAGUAAUAUUCUACAUUCAAGUGAGCUGCUCCCCACCGUGAUCAGGGGAACAGCAUACGGAGUCAUUGGAAUUGCUGCUAAUGCGGGGUCAUGCCUGGCUCCCCUUUUUAUGAUCCUCACGAUGUACUCUGACUCCUUGCCCUGGAUCAUCUAUGGGGUCCUCUCCAUCCUCAGUGGCCUUCUUCCCUUUCUCCUUCCUGAGACCAAGAAUCAGCCACUGCCUGACUCCAUCCAAGAUGUGGAAAAUGGGUGAGUAAAACGUGGACUGUCCCCUUAGGGGACU